CUUUCAACAUGGCGGCCAACGUCGAAUUACGCCGAAUAUGGCCGAUAACUUUUUCCGAUGAGAUUACGUAAUUUUUAUGCGCAGAUAAUGAUUUUAUACAGAUAAAUUUUUCUCGGGGAAAAGUGUCGAUGUCGACAUGACUUUUGCCGCGAUUUCGCAUCUGUGAUUAGCUCGUGUAAACCGAGAGUAUAAAUUUAACCUCAUGAUGUUGUCAGAAGUUGAUGUGUUUAUUAGCAAUUAUACUCUCGUCGAUCCUGAAAUCUAUCAGCUUUGGGUCGAUGGGCAUUCUUCCAGUGACGCAGUUAAUAUCUUGCAUCAACGAGGAAUAUGUCAACAGACUAACGCACCGCUCGAGCUGGUCGCAUCUGAUAUACUCGAUCAUUAUCGCACCUAUGCUUUACUUGAGAAAUUACUUCACACUCCUACGAAACUUGCCAGCGAACAACUGGCCUUCCAAAUAGAACCUCAAACUAGUCAAAUGCUUAUAGAAAUGUAUUACGAAUUUGACGAUGUUGUUAUACGUGAAUUAUUGGGAAAAAAAAUAACGUCCAAAAGUAGGAAGGAUAUGGAGGAAGUGGCAGAGAAAACAAGUAUCACAUUGAAGAGUUGUCGACGACAGUAUGAUAAUGUGAAAAGAGUGUUUAAAAUUGUUGAAGAUUUACCAGGUUCUCUCGCAACCAAUAUCAAACAACAUUUCUUACUUUCGGAUGACCUUGCUAAACGAUAUGCUGCAAUAGUAUUUAUAGCGUGUCUGCGAUUUGAAAUGAAUAAAAGAAAACUGCAAUUUUUAACAUUUCCCGAUUUAUAUCACUGUGCUAACAGUAUGAUGGCAUCAUGGACGUAUCGUUGUGUUGGAUCUGAAUAUUUUGAUACUGAUUUAGAUAGAGAAUUUCUACAAGAAUUAUCGGAAUGCAGAGUUCUUUUAGAAAACGAUAAACAUCAUAAACAUCUAGUAUGCCUUAAGCUCAAGCCGAUGCUUCUCGAUCGAUCUUAUCAAGAAUUGGACAUGAAUUUUCGUUCAUAUUCGAGAGCGAUACUCGGAAUUGGAUGCAACUUGCACAGAUCACGAGAGUUGAGAUUUUUCUUUUUGGAACUAGUAGAGAGAUGUAUCGAACCUUGGCGACAAGUUAAUUGGACGCAUUCCGAUCUGCGAAAUUUCUUGGCUGUUUAUACACAAUGCGCUCUUGAUAUGGAUGUACUUAGAGAAGGAGAACUGAGAGAUGCGUUUGAACGUUAUAUGACAGUAGUGACAUGCUGCUUAUUACGUAUGUAUCAUACAUAAAUACAAAAACUAUAUAUUUAAAAGGUAUAGAUUAUAAAAAUAGAAUUUCUAAAUUGUUUAUUUUAAUUUAUUAGUUUUCUGUAAUAAAUAAAUAAAUACAGCAUCUUAUAUAUGCUGCAUAAUAUUUUGCAAUAAGAUAUAUGUGGACAAUUGCAAUAAUUGCACUAUAAACAUUUUCUUAUAAGUUAUUGAAAUAUUCAAAUAUGUAAUGUGAAACUCUACAAAGUGAAAAAGGCAGCUUAUAUA